AUGGGGGCCACAGGCUAUGGCUACUAUCGUGCAGCUAUCUUCUUCUGCAUGUUCAUUGGCUACUCACUCUACUUCUUUAACAGGAAGACCUUCUCCUUUGUCAUGCCCUCUGUGAUGGAGGAGAUUGAACUGGACAAGGAUGACUUGGGUAUGAUCACCAGCAGCCAGACGAUGGCCUAUGCCAUCAGUAAGUUCAUCAGCGGUGUGCUGUCGGAUCAGAUCAGCGCCCGCUGGCUUUUCUCCAUUGGCCUCUUUUUGGUGGGGGGCAUCAACAUAGCCUUCUCCUGGUCCUCCACUGUGUCCAUGUUCUCACUGCUCUGGUUCAUCAAUGGCCUGGGACAAGGCUGUGGCUGGCCCCCAUGUGGGAAGGUGCUGCGCAAGUGGUUCGAGCCCUCCCAGUUUGGAACAUGGUGGUCUGUGCUGUCCUGCAGUAUGAACAUAGCCGGGAGUCUGGGUCCAAUCCUGGUCACUGUGCUCCUGCAGUAUUACGACUGGAGGACUAUCAUGACCAUGUCGGGCAUCGUCUGUGCCGCCUUCUCGUUUGUAUGUUUGGUGUUUGUAAGGAACGAGCCAAAGGAUGUUGGCCUGCCCAGCAUCGAGGCAGCAGCCAAGAAGGGGGCCAAGGGAGGCAACAGUGAGAGCACCCUGAGUGAGUUCCUCCUCUCUCCUUUCCUGUGGGUGCUGUCUCUGGGCUACUUGGUGGUGUUUGGGGUGAAGACAGCUGCCACUGACUGGGGACAGCUGUUCCUCAUGCAGGAGAAAGGCCAGACUGCUCUCAUGGGUAGUACAUACAUGAGUGCCUUGGAGGUCGGCGGUUUUGUGGGCAGCCUCGCAUCAGGUUUCAUCACUGACAGAGCUGUAGCUCGGAAAGGAUUGAGCACCCACGGCAACCCUCGCCACGGUCUGCUCAUUCUCAUGAUGGCCGGAAUGUAUGUGUCCAUGUACCUCUUCAGAGUCACCAUCACACCUGAAAUUCCAGUGGAGGCUCCUCUUUGGGUCCAGGUCAUUCAUCCCGUCUCUGUCCUCAUUGGCGUGUCAGAAAAAGAGAUCUGGAUCCUCUUCCUUGGUGCUAUGUUUGGAUUUUCUUCUUACGGACCAAUUUCCUUGUUUGGGGUGAUAGCCAGCGAAAGUGCUCCUUCAAAUUUCUGUGGAACGUCUCACGCUGUUGUAGCCCUGAUGGCUAAUGUGGGGGCUUUUAUGGCAGGUCUUCCCUUCAGCACCAUUGCCAAAAGACACAGCUGGGACAUGGCUUUCUGGAUAGCUGAAGUGACAAUGGGCGUCGCCACCAUUGGCUUCUUCCUGGUACGCAACAUGCGCACCAAAAUGGGACGGAUCGACAAGAAAAUUGACUAGUGUAUCUUCCUGAAAUGAGCCAAACUGUUGAAGUCCUGUUAUGUGACAAGAUGAACAGUGUUUUUGAACCAUCACAACACCUCUGUAUACAAAACACUGCACAUUAUUACAACUCCAGUUAGACCAAAACAAACCCAGUCACGCAGAAUGAUCCCAGACGUUUCCUUUUGUAGAUGCUCAGGUUGAAUGUGACUCAUUCACCAUCACAUACUUUAGUCACACAUGCUAUACUGUGUUUGUCCAAACAUUCACCAGCACAGAGAUAAAUUAGAUGAUAACUGUUCAUCACAAGCUAAUACUUAAGCGCUUCCACUUGAUCCUAAAGGCUGACUUCAUGUUGACACAUUUAAUUUGCCUUUUUACGACAGCUGGAUGCUAAAAAGGACCUGGAACAUGAAAAUAUGUGAAAGGUGGGAUGAUUUUUGUCAGGAAACGUUAAUGUGUGCCGUUCAUUGCAUACAUUGCCUUCAAUGGAGGUCAAUUUCUCUGAGUGGCCACAACAUUAACUAACAGGUGACAUGAAUGACAGAUUAUCUUGUUACAGUGCAGCGUUCUGCCUGGAAACCUGCAGGGAGUGCUGUUGCCUUGAAAGGGAACACUUCUUUUUCGGGAGGGGGGCGGGGUGCAUAACUUUACAGUAGAACUUUGCAUUGUAACAAGAUGGUUAAUGUUAUUCACUUCACCUGCCCUGUCCUUUUAAUGUUGUGACUGAUCAGCGUAUAUUUAACUUAUUGAAUGUGCACUAACGGGCCUGUAUGUUCUAGGCUAGUUCUAGUCUAGGAAUUUGCACAGAUGUGGUAGCUCGUGUCAUUUCACUAAUACCUCAAGUAUUUGUUAUAAUGUCAAAAGGCUCAUCAUGUCAAAAAUGUAGUAAUCAGAGAUCGCGUUAUUUUUAUACACAGUUCUAUGCGACACGAUAGAGAGUAUAACUGAUGCAGACCUCUUCAGCCACGUCAGCUUUUGUGAUCUGACAUGUUUUUAAGGAUCAACAACAGACCUUGCUAUGGGGGUUUUGUCACUACUGCCAAUGUAGCUGUGUACAGCGAUUAUGAUACUGGAUUUUACUGUAAACUUUCUCAUCUCUAAAAUCUGUGAGUUUUGUCAACUCCAAUAUGUCUACAAUCAGAACAUAUGUUGGCAUAUUUUACUGGAAUUGCAUAAUAGACCUGAAAUGGUUAAAGACAUCUAAUAAAUGUGAAGAUUACUUUGUU